UCGGACACGCUGAUUUCAUUGUCUGAGGCGGCAGUGGAGACCCAGGAAAAAUCUCGCAGAAUCUGCCUGCUCUGGCCCUGGUCUCCUCUUGGAUCCUCUGAUCUUUUCCGUGACCGCACCACGCCCGAGAUGAAUCUCCGUUCUGUAUUUACUGUAGAACAACAAAGGAUUUUACAGCGUUAUUAUGAAAAUGGAAUGACAAAUCAGAGUAAAAAUUGCUUUCAGCUCAUAUUACAGUGUGCACAGGAGACUAAGCUGGACUUCAGUGUAGUCAGGACGUGGGUUGGCAAUAAGCGAAGAAAAAUGAGUAGUAAGAACCCUGAAUCAGGAACAGCAGGAACUAUUUCUGGUACCUCUCUGGCAGCUCCAGACAUUACAGUCAGAAAUGUAGUUAAUAUUGCCCGGCCUUCAAGCCAGCAAUCUUCUUGGACUUCUGCCAAUAAUGAUGUCAUUGUAACUGGUAUAUACAGUCCAGCAAGCUCAUCAAGUAAGCAAGGGACAGCAAAGCAUACAAAUACACAAAUUACAGAAGCACAUAAAAUUCCUAUUCAGAAACCAGCCAGUAAAAAUGACACUGAAUUUCAAUUGCACAUUCCUGUUCCAAGACAAGUAGCACACUGUAAAAAUGCUUCUGUGCUCCUAGGGGAAAAGACAAUUAUUUUGUCAAGACAGACAAGCGUACUAAAUGCUGGAAACUCAGUGUACAAUCACACAAAGAAAAACUAUGGAAGCUCUCCGGUGCAAGCUUCUGAAAUGACAGUACCUCAAAAGCCAUCUGUGUGCCAUCGACCUUGCAAAAUAGAACCAGUUGGUAUUCAAAGGUCAUAUAAACCUGAACAUGCAGGUCUGGCAUCACAUAACUUAUGUGGGCAAAAGCCAACUGUUAGAGACCCUUACUGUAGGACACAAAACUUGGAAAUUCGGGAAGUGUUUUCAUUAGCAGUCAGUGACUGCCCUCAGAGAAUUCUGGGAGGAAACAGCACACAGAGGCCUGGUUCAGCAGAAGGAACUUGUUUGUCCAUUGCGAUGGAGACCGGCGAUGCAGAGGAUGAAUAUGCCAGAGAAGAAGAGCUGGCAUCAAUGGGAGCACAGAUAACAAGCUAUACAAGGUUUUAUGAAAGUGGCAAUUCCCUACGAGCUGAGAACCAAAGUACAACUUUGCCUGGACCAGGAAGAAACCUGCCAAAUUCACAAAUGGUGAAUAUUAGAGAUUUGUCAGACAAUGUACUGUAUCAGAAUAGGGACUACCAUUUGACACCACGGACCUCAUUGCAUACACCAUCUAGUUCUAUCUACAGUAAUACUAAUCCAUCACGGAGUAAUUUUUCUCAACAUUUUGUAUCAUCAAACCAAUUGAGAUUAUCACAAAACCAAAACAAUUACCAGAUUUCAGGAAACCUUACUGUGCCUUGGAUUACAGGGUGUUCUAGGAAAAGAGCACUACAGGACCGCACUCAGUUCAGUGACCGAGACUUGGCUACCCUUAAGAAGUACUGGGACAAUGGUAUGACCAGCCUGGGAUCUGUAUGUAGAGAGAAGAUUGAAGCUGUUGCCACUGAAUUAAAUGUUGACUGCGAAAUAGUUCGGACUUGGAUUGGGAAUCGAAGAAGAAAAUAUCGUUUAAUGGGAAUUGAAGUUCCACCUCCAAGAGGAGGCCCUGCUGAUUUCUCUGAGCAGCCCGAGUCUGGUUCUUUGUCUGCACUCACACCAGGAGAGGAAGCUGGGCCUGAAGUAGGAGAGGAUAAUGACAGAAAUGAUGAAGUGUCCAUCUGUUUGUCCGAAGCAAGCUCUCAAGAGGAGCCCAAUGAAGUCAUCCCAAAUGAGACCAGGACACAUAAGGAUGAAGAGCACCAGGCAGUAUCCGCAGAUAAUGUGAAAAUAGAAAUUAUCGAUGAUGAAGAAAGUGACAUGAUAAGCAAUUCCGAGGUAGAACAAGUGAAUUCUCUCCUGGAUUACAAGAACGAAGAAGUUAGAUUCAUUGAAAAUGAGCUAGAGAUUCAAAAGCAGAAGUACUUUAAGCUACAGACUUUUGUUAGAAACCUGAUUCUGGCUAUGAAAGCUGAUGAUAAGGAACAGCAGCAGGCACUGCUGUCAGAUUUACCUCCUGAAUUAGAAGAGAUGGAUUUCAGUCAUGCCUCACUGGAUCCUGAUGAUACCUCAUUCAGUGUGUCUUCUUUAUCAGAGAAAAACGCCUCAGACAGUUUGUGAUUUGGAUGGGGGAAUAUAAUGUAUUCUGUUGGAUGCCUAACAGUCAUACAACUUUGCCACAAAAUUUACCUCAUUUUCAUAUGAGGCCUGAACAGAGCCAUCAGCCAACAACAAUAUCAUAAAAAGAGUUAAACUACUUUGAUUGUUAUUAAAGUCCUCUGGAUUUCCUGGAUGCUAGUCUAUGAAUACACACCUAAAAUGGGCAUGAUACCCAGUUGUUACUAUUAGUAGGUACCAGAUGGCAGAACACUAUAGACAUCUCUUUGCAGAUCUUCCCUUCCAGAAUACCACAUGGGAAUAACUAAGGUUCAUAGAUGGAAAAAUACUGGUUUCUGCCUAACCUCACAUUGUCAUAUAUUUGUGACUUGGUUGUGUGGAACUAAAUUACAUGAUUAAAUUAUUAUCUAAUCCUAAAAGAUGAGUGAAGCAGCUAGAUAACUGUGUUAGUUGUCAUGCUUCAGAUCUUUUUAAGUUUUAUAACUGUGACUGAUUCUGAUCUCAGAAUUCACUGAUACCAAUUUAUGAAUGCAGAAAGGCAUUCACAAAUGCCUUUAACUUGGAAAGGUCCCUUUCCCACGAUACGUACAAGUAAAGUUCACUGAUGGUCGUUCAGUUUAUUAACUAUUUGAUUUUUAUAUUGCUGCCACACAGCUUCUAUGGCUUCUUUAUCAGCAGAAAUAGUUCAGCAGUCAGCUUCAUGCCCUUUAGCUGACAGUCAUGUGGUUCUUUGCAAACAACUUUUGGUAUUCCUUGCUGACAAAUCAAAUUCCAUUCAGGGAAAAGACCACAGAGCAACAGAACGUCAAACAUUCCAAUUAAGUUUUUCAGUCACAUAAAGUUCUCCAUGAGAUAAAGAGUCCCCACUAUAUACAACACAUACAGACACCAUUUCUUUAUGACAUUGAGGAUUAAGACAAGGGCUCCUCCUGUAGCCUAGACUGGCCUUUAAUUCCCAAUACAGCUGAGGAUGACAUUGAAUCCUGCUGCUCCUGCCUCUGUUUCCCAAAUGCUAGGAUGACAGAUGUGUUUCACCAUACCUAGGUUUUACUUCUUUUAGUAUGAACAAAUUUCUUGGGUCAGACUGCUACCUUUGUACCACUGGUCUGAACAAAUUUCUAGUCUCAAAUCUCUGCUACAGUCUUCUUCAAUGUGUUUCAGUUUAUCUUUAAACUCUUCCUAGUCGGUCUUCACUGCAGCGUAAGUACAGCUGAAUCUCUGUGUUGUAAUACAAUUUUAUUUUUCACACCUUAAAAAUUUGUCACUAAAUAAAAGAAAGCAUUCAUGGAGUUCUUGCUAUGGAGAACACACUGUGUCACACAGUGGAUUUCUUAUCAAUCUGUGGAUUACAAAAAGGAUUAAUUCAGCUUCAUACAAUGGCACUCACUGAUAACUCACAUUGGGUAGACUGAGGAAAGCUGGGCUCCAAAAUACAAAGAAAUGUUUCCUGUUAACUUUUUCAGGGAUGUUAAUUAAAUGUUUCAACUAGCACUUGUAUUUUAUUUAAGGGUUCUAACAGAUGUGAUUCUUAGAAGGAAUCUUAUAUCUAUAAUUUUGGGAAGACACAUAAAUUGUACAUUUUUUUUUUUCGAGACAGGGUUUCCCUGUGUA